GACGACGAGCGGCAGCGGCUGGCUCGCUCCGAGGUGCGCGGCGUGUGGAGCAGCGUCUUGUUUUUCUCUCUGCCGAGUUUGUGGCGCGAGUGAGUGAGUGCGCGUGUUGUGUGCCGGCCGUCGAGCAAUAAGCGGCGUGCGCGCGGUGUCGUCCGCGUCGUCGCCACCGUGUGGAGAUCUGGGGCGCCCGGUGGCUUCAGCGUCGAGUGGCCAGCGAGCUGCCGUGCGCCGCGGUGAUGCUGCGGACAGCAACGACGGCGGAAGCAGCCCGGCCAUGACUCCGGAGCCCGCCUCCAUGGCGCAGGAUCAGCAGGAACCGGCGGCUCCGCCGCGCGCAGCCAGCCGGACCAGCGGCAACCUCAAACGAGUGUCGUUCGGCAGCCUCAAGGGCUCCAUGGUGGAGACGCUCGUGUACCAGGACCAAGGACCCGCCCACUGAACUGGCACCACUUCUCAACGGGAGGGGUGAGGAGGAGGAGGCGUGGCGCGUGCGAGUGACCCUGUACGAGGCCCAGCGACCGCACCUGGUCUCGACGCCGGAGUCGCCCGUCGGGCCAGACCAGCUCCCCCUGUUGGCCCACUCCGCUGCCAACAUGGCCAGCCAACCGGACGGAUACAUCAGGCAGCAGAGCAGCACUGAGAGCGGCCUGGACAACCCGUUCCGGCCCGAUGGCGAGCUGAGCCGGGAGGCGGACACCAUCGUGAGCCUGAUCAAGGAGGGCAAGCCCAUCACGCCGGUCAAGGGCGAGCCGGACGGCUUCUUCACCUCCCAACUGGACGGCUCGGUCACCCACUCGUCCCCGCAGCAGCAGAACCAGCAGCUGCAGCAGCAGGCUAACGGCGAGUCCAAGAUCUCGCCCGCCAAGGCGCCGGCGCCCGUGGCAGCCGACAGGCCCGGCACGAACGGGUCCGCCGCGCCGCCGGGCGUCAAGAAGGGCGUCGUCGAGGUGCAACAUGGCAUCGUGGUGCCGCCCUCGGACUCCUCCACCGUGGAGCAGGUGAUGAUCAAGAAGAAGCCAAAGUGCAAGUGCUGCGUCAUCCAGUAGGCGCCGUUGGGUUGUGGACACUGUGCCGGCGGGCGCCGACUGCUGCUUCGCUCUGUGCCUCUACAUGGGUGUUUCUCUCUCUCUCUAUCCUAUCUCUGUCGCGCUGUCUUUGGCUUCUUCGAGCUUUUUUUUUUUUUAUUUAUUCAUCCCGUAGCUGAAGCUGUUGAGCAGCCGAUGGACUAGGGCGGUCCCUGCGGGCCGCGCCGACCAAGCGGGAGGUGAUGAUGUCGUCGCCGUCGUCGUCGUCAAAGUGAAAAUGCGUCGUGUUUUUUGCGAUCCGAGCGUGCCUUUGACCACCGCCACUCCUCCAAGUUUGUGCGAGGAGCAAGGGCUCUCCCAGUGAAUAUCCAAACCCCGGUUUUGUUCCCGAGUGUGCGACUCCGCGGUCGGUAUGCGUGGCUCUGUCAACCGUCAUUCCGGUGACACAUUUUCGCGAGCGGUCGAGGGCGUGGCCGAACGUUGGCUUUAACUUUAGUGAAGCCUUAGGGGCUCGUUCUGCCUAAGCGAUUGCGCGGGGACGGACGUUUCGCGAAUGUCCGCGAAUAAGAACAAGAGAGGCGCUGCCUUUCCUUCUUUUUUUUUCUUUUUCUUUUUUUUUUUUUUUUUUAUCCUGUCCUUGGCGCAAGUCCCGAGCUCGUGGUCGUUGAGGUGGGUUCGCGCGCGCGCACGUCUUUGUGUCUACAGUCCUGGUCGGAAGCUGAAUCUUGUGAUUUUGGCAUGGAUGUGACGGUUUGUGGACAUCUUGAGAUGCGCUCUCGGGCCAUUUAUUCUUUUUUGUCGAUCGCCGCUGAAUUUAGUCCCGCGAAACCUCGCUGGUACCUUGAGACAUCGUUGUCUUACGUGAGCGUAAUAUGAAGCCAUGUUCACUCCAUGACUGGUGUAGAUGCAUUGACGGCUUAUCACGGAGCUCGAUUACGUAUGUGGUGUUUCCCUCUUGCGGGACACCUCGCGAUAUCUUAACGAAGCAGAGAGCAGCUCCCGCUGAGCAGGCCGUGAUGAAACCGCGUGUAGUACAAGGUGUGCAUGUCUUUUGGCAGCUAACAAGCAAGGAAAGCCCACGUCACAAGUGCGAAUCUUGCGCCGCCGUUGUGCCACACCGACGGGAAGAAAAAGAACGCUGGUGCGGCGUUUGGAACGAAGCAAGCGGCGGGCAGAACCGGUGACCGCCAUGUAUCUGUCAGAGGAGCGGCACGGUCUUCAUCGUCCGAAUCGCCCUCAGCACAAGCCAACGGGGCUAGGCUAGGGACGGGCUAUUCGCGCGCGACAUAAGGAGGACCUUUCGGAUUUCAAACCCAAUCGGGGCCGUAUAGACGGGAGCAGAGAGGAGCGGACGACGAGCAUACCCUCUCAGUCUUGCACUGUGCGUGGCUCCGCAUGUUGUAGCCCCGGCUCGACGCCUUGUUUCGGAUUUCGUCGGCGGAGAGGACGCGGGCCAGGCCACGACUGCCGUGUGAUAUAUGCAGUUCUCCCGCCCGCCCAUUGCUUUGUCGUUUCGCAACGCGAAUUUCAGGAGCCGGGCAGCAGCCUCGACACGCGAUGUAUUUGUUCGGCGCGUCGUCGAAAGCGACAUGCGCGCGACAUGUACGUAUGUAUUACCUUUAUUUUAGAGACGGAGAAGGGCCGUGUGUUGCCAACUAAAGUCGCUGGACACUGGAAAGUCGAGGGAGUUCGCACCUCGUGUGAUGCGGAGGAGCGUCUAAAUGUGUACCGUAAUACAUAACGGGUGCCGGAGAGCUGCUUCGAGGGAACGCGCCAGUAUUAAGCGCUGAAUGGCAACCCGUUGUUUUCGUGCAACAGAAUGAAGCGCUGACGAUGACGGGUGAAGACUACCUUGCCAGAGCUUUCCUUCGGGCCGCAAAAAGUGUUCAACCUUCUUCCGAAGCAAAGUGUUCCUUUCUCGGUGGGAAAGGGAGCCGCGCUUGGAAACGUAGCAGCUAGUUGUUACACACGUCCUAAGUUGACAACCCCUAUAACCGAAGCAGGCGCGCAUGGCGGAGAUGUCACGGCAGCUUUUCGUUGUUGCUGAGCAGACGCUGUCGUCGGUCUCGAAGAUGUAUACCCUCGCAAACCCGUCGACUUAAUAGAGCUAUAGCGUCGGCCUAGCAAUCCCCCCCGCCAUGUUUCGAGCGCAGUCCCCGAAAUCUAUAUACAUGUGUGUACUGCCGGCACAGAUACGCGUACCAGAUGCGUUGCCUGGCGGAACCUUGCGCUACUUUCCAGUGCCUAGCGACUUUACUGCCAACUGACCCUCCCUCGAGACUCGCGCAUCACCGUCUUAGCGCGCAUAUACGACGUGAAACACACAGACACAGUUAAUAUAUUUUGUCCUGCUUUGCGUGUUACCGUAGGUGUAAAUAAGGCAGCACACAUUAUGUCGGGCACCAUCCCCUCCUAGCCACUCCCCAUUUCCCCGUGUUCUAGUUUUUUUCGUUUUUUUUUUUUCUUUGCUUCCUCCAUCUUGAGCCCGCGUGCAAUAUGUAUUGCGCUGGCACACGGAACAUACGGGGCACGACCAUACUGGCGGAAUGACGCGCGCCGAGUGUGUAUGGCGAAAGAGCGCAGUCGCGUCGGAAAGGCCGUACUCAACUACGUUUAGUCGCCGAGGUCACGUGACUGGGCGAACAUCUCGUCUACCCCUGCACAAGCGGCUCGGUGUGCAUUCAAGUUCUCCCUGCGCUUUCUUACGAUUCUAACGAAAACGAUGCGGCAUCUGUGCGGAAUCUGUAUUCCGUACGAAUGGCCCAUAAGACGGGGCAUGCACAGAUGCUGCGUCACCUGGGAAAAGCGGCUGGCAUUGGCGAUAACUCGUGACGGAGUAGAGAGAGGGCGGUAUAGUUCCUCGCGUCGCUUGACCACGGUCUCCACGAUUGGCGGCGCGCCGCAGAAAGAAAAAUUAAUGAAAUAAAAUCAAAAAUUGAAUAAAAACAAAUCCUACACACUUCCGCAAGCGUCAGGAAAAUGUUGCCGCGCGCGUUUUUUCGCGAGUGUGACCGUGCCCGUAAUAUUACGGGCUCCGCGGCCACCAUGCAUUGUAGCAGACACGGUGGCAAGAGUGUACAAAGGUCUUUCCUUCCCUUCCUCCUGUAGGUUCCAUUAUUGCAAAUGUCUACAACGUCCUCGAUACCCUCUUCGUCGUCUUUACUUUAUUUUUGUUCUAUACCGUUUUUCCCCCGUUGGCUGUUUUUAGUCGCACUUUUAAAAGGAGUUGUUUUCGUCGAGACGGCCCGUCGUAGGACGCCGCACAUGGGCGCCCCUCUGACGUGCGGCUACGCGCCCGUUCCAGUCGAUCCCGGUAUUUGGAGCUCGCGGCGUUCAAUUUUUGUGCGCGUAUGCAUAUCCGAGGGAAAUGGAUUCUUAUUUUUAAAUUAUACCUCGCCCGUGUGAUUUUAAUGUCGCAGCUUUAUUUCUCUAACUUUUGGCGACGCGGGGCGUUAGAGCCAGUCCGCAAACAAGUUGUAGGCCUUUUAAGACGAGUUUGGCGUACAACGAACGUGCAGCUAAGCGUCAUUGUGUGGAACCGUGAUAACAUGCUCGUGUUAGCUGCCCAGUGUAUUUCAGACGGUAGCACUCGCCGAGCCUGUCCGUAAAGUCACCGCCAAAUUUUCUUUUCUGCGGUAACGACAGAAAUUCUUGCAUUUUGAAACGUACCGCUGUCAUUGCGAAAUAUAUUCUUGUUGAGUAGGGAGAAUUUCGCAACGUGAUGUCACGAAAAAAUCAGUUUUGUUGUGGCGAGAUGAAUUCUUUUUUUAAGUGUGACGUCUUGUUGCGACAGAUUUAUUUUUUCUCGGCAAGAUAUCGCGCUUACAGCAAGAAUUUUCGUCGUACUUAGGGAAGUCUCCUGUCGUAAUUUUAAUUCGGGUGCCGAACACAAAAUGGUUUUUACGUUCCCUAGCUGCAGAACGUGACAUUUCUUCUCACCAUUUCGCUGUAGGCAAGACGAGAGGGCUGUCUCCAGCUGCAGGGCUUUCGUGAGCGAUCACGUGACCAUGAUCGGUACACUUGGAAUGAGUUCGACCGGCAUCUGCUCUCUCCAAACAUAUGGUUGCUUUGGAGCAAGUUCUCGUUUAUUAUUAUUUUUUCGCAAGCUUUCCGCCGUAAGUUAUCGCUUAAAGUGAUGAGUACCGAAAAAUAGGUAAGCGGCGAGCCCGUGCAUGCAUCUGCGGCCGAAUUCCUCGCGCUUUUUGUUUGUGAAGGAUGUUUCGUCAUUAGCCAGCGCCUGUCUGAACCGCUUCUGUGAAUACGGGCCUUAGGCCCGCGCCCUAAACGUUACCUCUUUGGUACUCCGUCUUGCAGCGCCCCGUUUACUUAUAGAAACACAAGUUGUCUUUAGAUACGCGCUAUCCGCGGGCGCCCUCUUUCAAUUAGCAUCACCCGAAUCUGUUUCACGCCUUUUCCGGUCUAUGGAAUUCCUGCGGUGUCAAGUCGUAGCCAGCAGCCCGUUCUACGUCAUUACGUUUCGGCCGCCGUGUGUACAAGUUAUAAAUGCUUUUCUUUUCCUUUUUUUUUUUUUUAGAUAAGACGUACAUCUUUAUCCGAUGCUUUUACCGGAAGCAGCUCGCAGGGGUCUAUAUCAGCUGUGUCCAGCAAUAACGCAAUGCCGCCAGUUGGAACGGAACUCCUUUCAUGAUCCUCGGUUAUCUCCCGUGACCAGUUUUCGGAAGUCAGCAGAUGUGGCGCCCCCUAUAAGUUGAAAUCAGCUAGAAGUUGGCCACUGGCGUUAACGAUCGACAACCACUAGAUAAGUCUGUUCACGGGUACCGUGACAGUUCGGCUUCCUCUAGAGUCCGGGUCAGAGUGCCAGUAUUGGAUACGGGAACUAUGAAGGGGCUUCGUGACGUACGUUUUAAUCGUUUGGUCCCGAACGGUGAACCGCGUGAGAACUUCAAAGCUUCGCGCUGUUGCUAGUACACACGUUGGCGUGCACAUUUGUCUCGCAUCCUCCACGGUUGAGAAGAUGUCCCCAAUCGCGAAGUUGGUUUUCAUUGCACUGAAGCGCGCGUUUGUUGAUGAGAGUCACAGACUCGUGGGACGUAGCUGUAGUUCGACGCAGUGGGACUAUGUACUUGCGGACUGUGGCGAGGAAGGGAAAGCUAGGGUGGCGCAGCGCGCACAUGCAAGAGCGCCCCUGAAUAAAGUCCGACAAUCUCAUCCGCGUUAGCUUAAGCUGUGGGAGAGAAACGUAAACAUCGUAUAUACAAUGGGAAAGUUAGACAAAAUGUACCACCGAGUGUGAAAUUUGAUUUCUUUACGUCCGCGUUCGGGCAAAUGCGAAACUGUCGCACGUAGCUACGCUGAUUCAGUAUCUGUUCGAAGAGAUCGAAAGCGCCGUCAAACGCUGCCGGAAUACUUGGCGCAGUAACGCUAUAAGUGCAGCAGCUCCGCCCCCGUGGCUUUCCCUUCAUUACCAGCAAAAGUUGUCCGCGAAUGUCGCUGCCGAGCGGGCCGUUAGAGGUCAGCCUCAUGUCCAAGCCCGUGUUCGCUCGCUUGCGUAGCAGCCUGACGACGACUGUGUGCCGUGUUUUCCACUGGUGUCUUUGGUGUUACCGAACCGACUUAUGGUGACGUGUUGGCUUCGUGGCCUAACGUACCGAAGGCGAUAUUUUUUUUUUCUUUCUGUCGUCAAAUCUGUGUGGUUGUGUGUGUGGCCUAGGGCGACUGUGUCAGAUGUGCACGCAACCUUGCAAAGGUACUGUACGAGAGGGACUUGGUAGAGAUGUGAGAACAUGCGUGUCGGUUUUGUACGUCCAGACUUGUCGAUUGAAGACAUGGUGGGACACAAGCUGUGAGAUCGUGAUGUCAGUGAUUUGUAUGCACAGCGUAGAAGGCGACGGAGACGUGUAGGUGACAAUGUGUAUUGACAAGGGCUGUGCCCGCUUCACAAGUUGACAGUGUUUUUUCAGCGGCAUUUGGUUUGUUCCGCCAGAUCUGCUUGACACGGCUUUUCAGCCAUCCUUAGAAAUGGGAAGGAGGCGGAGUGUGUGAACGUGAUUUGAUGGCGUCAUUCUGGCUGUCCUGCUCUUGCAAUACGAUCACAGGAACAACUUAGAUACAGCCUUUGUCGAAAGAAGUGAAGCCGUGCGUGCACGACUAGGGCCGAUACUGGCACGUCUAGUUGACGCCCGGUUGCAUCUGUGCUGCUCAAUAUCGCUGGAGAGGAAAACGGAAUUCUACCCUCCAGAACAUCCUAUCGCCAUGAGUUCCACAGGCGCAACACGGCAAAUCAAGGAAUCGGCAUCUAUGCUCCCGCCGGCUUCGUUUCUUUUGACAAACGCUGUACAUCUCUAUCACGUGUCGCUCGUUUUCUGGUGAUCAAAGAGACGUCGGAAUUAGUCGUUACCGCGCAGCGUUCGCGUCAGUGGUAUCAAAUAGAACAACUAACCUCUGGCGUUCACCAAGCUCGCCACCGGAAAGCCGUGACAAAGCGGAUGUCGGAUGUUCUAAAUACGGGAAAGCGCCAUGUUCACCGAACAAUCAUCGUAAGCGCUUGUUCCAAGAAGUUCUGCCCAAUCGGAUAAUCGUUGUCUCGCCACUUAUCUACCACCAGGUUGGUUAGGCGUUCGUUGUUGAAUCCCUUUAUUGUACUGACUGGGCUUGAUGAUGCCCGUUGCUUUUAUCUGUGAGGUACUACGGUAAAGCCUCGUUGUAACGAAAACACGAUAAAACGGUAAAACGUUUGGCGUUAAGAAAAUGCGGUGAUUUGACUGCAAAGCCACAGCUGCACCGAAAACAUGCUCAAAGCGCAAGAUUUGUCUCUGCGACUGAGGCCUUACCGUAUAACCAAUGUCGCGGAGGUCCAGCCUCGCGGGUCAUGCAUGGUCUCGUGACGUUGCUGUGUGUUUACUCGUUUUGCUUUGUUUUAUUUCUCAAAUAAGGAGACCGUUUACCUUUCUCUUUCCGCUCCCUCUGCCUUGCGCACACUACGGCGCAUGCGCUCCAGCCUCCGCGAGACAGUGGAAGUGGAUAGCGAGGCGUAAACGGCGAUUUCAAGUGAAACCGUCUGAACGGCGCCUCAUGUUCUGUGUGCGUUGUGUGAGAUCAUGUGGCGGUGCGGCGAUACCACGUGCGCGCAGCAGCACGCUGUGUGUGCCGACGUGACAGAGAGAGCGCAAUGUUGCGGGUCGACGAUGGGCCAGCGAUUGUACAAAAACUUGAGACGGGCCCGUAUGUAGGCUGGUCUGAAUAAAAAUGUGCACCUGCAGGUGAAA